UUCUUGUCCGUUGUAUAAAUUACAUAAAAUCUUGUUUGAUUUCAUGUUAUUAGCCAUGAAAACGAAGACCCAUGGUUAGUAAUUUGCAGAGAUUUUCUUUCGAGGAAAUGUAGAAGAGAAAGUUGAAUCCUUUUUGCAGGCUCCGAUGAUGGUGGCGGUUGCAUUUUCCCGUCCUCGAACUCCUUCAAAGAUCACAGAAUCAAGCACCGGUCAUGAAGAAGAAGAUCCGAAUUCGACUGCGAUUAAAGGGUCUCCUCUGAAAGACAAUGGCUCCAUUGUUAAAAAGAAACCCAGAGGUAGAGAGGUUCCUUCCCGGUAUUUGUCUCCAUCUCCGUCGCCAUCUUCAGCGGCGGCAGCCAAUAUGACGGCGAGGUUCCCUUCACCUCUUGUUUCUCGUCCAACUAAUAUGGCGGCGGGGAACAAAACGACGACGAUGUUUUCUUCUCCGCUUCCUAAACGGUCUCAAUCCGUUGACCGUCGGCGGCCCGGCGUUCAAGUUUCGCAAGGGAACAGCUUUGAUUUCAAUGAAUUGUCGGCUGCUUCCAAGAUGCUAAUCACUUCGACGAGGAGCUUAUCGGUUUCGUUUCAAGGUGAGGCCUUUUCGCUUCCGGUUAGUAAGACGAAGCCACAAGUGGGUUCUAGUAGGAAAGCAACUCCCGAGAGGCGUAGAGCUACUCCCGGGAGGGAUAGAGAUCGUGGGGUGAUGAACUCGAAACCCGCGGAUCCGCACCGCUGGCCCGCGAGAACCGGGAAAUCCAAUUCGGGUUCGAAUCCGAUGUCGAGGAGUUUGGAUUGUUUCGGUGAAAGUAACUUGCUCGGUGGAUCUGGUGCAGUGCUGGUUAAGUCAUUGCAGCAGUCAUUGAUGCUUGAUGAGAGUAGUAGGAGGAUAUCUUUUGAUGCAAAUUGUGUAAAUAAGACUUUUUGUGCCUCAUGUGAUCUAUCUGCAUCGGAUACGGAUAGCUUGUCGUCCGGUAGCACUAAUUCCCGUAGUGUUCUUGCUUCGGCGAGGUUUUGGCAGGAAACUAAUAGCCGGUUAAGACGGUUGCAGGAUCCGGGUUCACCUUUGUCUAUGAACUCGGGACCUAGAGUUGCUGCAAUGUCCUCUCCGAGGACAAUGGUUUCUCCUAUUAGGGGAGGUACAAGGCCUGCUUCUCCUAGUAAGCUUUGGACAUCUUCGACUUCCUCUCCUUUGAGAGGGUUAAGUCCAGCUCGGGUGAGAAGCGCGGUUGGUGGUCAGAUGAUUGGUAGCUCUGUUAAUACCCCUUCGAUUAUUAGCUUUCCUGCUGAUAUUCGUAGAGGAAAAGUGGGGGAGGAUCGAAUUGUCGACGCACACACAUUGAGGCUUCUUUAUAACCAUUACUUGCAAUGGAGAUUUGCAAAUGCAAGGACGGAGGCGGUUUUCAUGGCACAGGAACUCCGUGCUGAGAAAGAUCUGUGGAAUGCAUGGGUAACUACAUCAGAACUGCAGUAUUCUGUCACUCUCAAGAGAAUCAAAUUGCUAUUACUGAGGCAAAAAUUGAAAUUGACUUCCAUCCUGAAGGGACAAAUAUCUCGUUUAGAAGCAUGGGCCCUCCUCGAUGGAGACCACACCAGUUCUUUGCUAGGAGCAACUGAAGCUUUAAGGGCCAGUACACUGCGUCUUCCGAUUGUUGGAAAAGCAGUAGUAGAUAUCCAGGACCUGAAGGAUGCUAUCAGCUCAGCAGUCUAUGUGAUGCACGCAAUGGCAUCCUCGAUAUGCCCACUAUCAUCAAAGGUGAAGGAGAUGAAUUCUUUGGUUACCGAGCUUGCGAGUGUAGCCGGAAACGAAAGGGUUCUACUCGAAGAAUGUAAAGAUCAUCUAUCCCUGUUAGCUGCCAUUCAGGUUUACAACUGUAGCUUGAGGUUGCAUAUACUACAACUAAACCGUGUUCCCACCACCGGCCGCCGGACAAUACACGCCUAGAACUGAUCUUUAUUCGACUACUCACCCUUAGUGCUAACAAACAUUACCACCCGAGCUCAUGUUUUUUCGAUGGGUGAAGGCGGUAAGCCUGUACUGGACAAAUUACGAGUGGAUCAAACGCAUUCGGCUUCUCGUUUUAGUAAGCUUUUUGCAUCCAGUUGUUUUCAUCUAUGGUCACACAUGUAAUUCUUUAUAUCUGAAGAUAAAGGAAGCAUCAUAUAUAUAUAUAUAUAUAUAUGUAUGUAUGUAUGUAAUGUUCAUCUGAUAAACAAAUUAUCAUUGUAUUUCUUGGCCUGCUUUGAUUAAUCAUGUAUGUAUGAUGUUGAUGCUUGUUCGAUCUUAAACACAGUCCCCAUUUCC